GGCCAACCCAAAAUGAGUGAAGCAUAUGAGACGGUUAAACCCCCCAAAGGUCAUUUCUACUUAGCAGGACGACUGUUUUGUCGCGUGAAAUGGUGGAAACAACGCAAUAUGCGAGUCCUGUACUUCUACAUUUUAGUUUUGAUUGCGACCAACACGGCUAAUGGAUUUGAUAACUCGAUGAUGAAUGGGUUGCAAGCAUUGUCCUAUUGGCAGGAGUAUUUCAACCACCCAAAAGGUCCGACACUGGGUUUGUUCAACUGCGUUAUGAGUGUUGGUGCAUUAGCCGGUUUAGUCAUUUUGCCCUACAUGCUUGAUCGUCUAGGCCGUAGGGUUUGUUUGGUCUUUGGCUCUUCUUUUAUGUUACUUGGCGUGGCUCUGCAGUCAGGUUCGAUUAACUUCUCCAUGUUCGUCGGAGCUCGAUUUAUUCUCGGGUUUGGAGACAUCAUCGUGAUUUGCACUGCUCCACUGCUUAUUACAGAGAUUGCCCCGGCUCAAGACAGAGCAAUUCUGGUUACUAUAUCUGGCGCCACCUAUCACUCGGGGGCUUUUAUCGCCGCAUGGACGACAUAUGGAACCUUGAAAAUCAAAAACGAUUGGUCUUGGAGAGCACCGAGCUUAAUCCAAGGGAUAUUCACAUUGAUUAUGCUGGCAGUUGUGUGGUGGAUUCCGGAGAGUCCGCGCUAUUAUGUCUCCAAAGACCAACCCGAAAAAGCCUUGAAAAUGCUGGCUUAUUACCAUGCUCAGGGAGAUGAGAGCGAUGAGGUAGUUCAGGUGGAGUUCACCGAAAUUACAACUGCGAUUGCGAUGGAGAAGAAUGGAGAGAAUUCGGGAUCUUAUGUCGAUUUUCUGCGAACUCCUGGUAAUCGCAAAAGACUUCUCAUCAUCAUCUCUUUCGGACUCUUUGCCCAGUGGUCAGGCAAUGGCUUGGUAUCGUACUAUUUGAACCUCAUCAUGGAUAGUAUCGGAAUCAAAGACCCGAACCAACAGUUGUUGAUCAAUGGAGCCUUGACCUCUUUCAAUCUCGCCACCAAUAUUGCUUUCAGCUUCUUUGUCGAUAAAUGGGGGCGUCGACCAAUCAUGAUUAUCAGCUCUGCUGGCAUGAUGGUCGCUUUCAUGGUGUGGACAAUCCUGUCCGCAAAGUAUUAUGACCAUGCAAACUCGGCACUUGGGUCAGGAGUGCUGGGUAUGAUCUUUAUCUACUAUCUAUUCUACAACCUAAAGUCAGGUUUGAUCGCAAGUUAUACUACGGAGAUUCUUCCGUAUUCAAUGCGGGCCAAAGGAUAUACAAUCAUGGAGUUCGCGAUGUAUAUCGCGUUAUUCUUCAAUCAAUAUGUCAAUCCAAUCGCUCUUGACAAUAUACACUGGCGCUAUUACAUUUUCUACUGCUGUUUCUUGGCGGUGGAAGUGAUCGUCAUCUAUUUCCUUUACGUUGAGACACGUUACAUGCCGCUGGAAGAGAUAACCAAGAUUUUCGACGGAGAGGACAUUGCCAGAGCUACGAAUCUGGAGAUGGCAAAGAUUGGGGAGAGUGGAAAAGGAAUGAGCACAGUCAUUCAUACUGAGGAUGUAAGUGUCUGA